AUGGAAGGUUCGAUAGCAACGCUUAUGGAGGUAGCUUUGAUGUCUCCUAAGGAAGAUAUCUUUGCAUUAGGAGUGGUGUUGCACGAGUUGAUUAAAGGCCACAAGGUAGGCAGACGUGAAGAUAUAACCAAACAAGGUGGGGCUAUGGAUACUUUACAGUUUUUGGAGGAUAACAAAAGCAAUCCUGCGAAGCUGAAAUCAAAGCUUAAGGAGUUCAUAUAUCCAGUAAUUAAAAAGACUAUGCCCUAG